CUUGGGGUUUGGACCUUCGCAGCCUACUGCCGGAACUCUCUGGACGGCCAGUGGUACAGUUACGAUGACAGCACGGUGGAGCCGCUUCUAGAAGACGAGGUCAAUACACGAGGGGCUUACAUCUUGUUUUAUCAGAAGAGGAACAGCAUCCCUCCGUGGUCAGCCAGCAGCUCCAUGAGAGGUUCCACCAGCUCCUCCUUGUCUGACCACUGGCUCCUCCGGCUUGGGAGCAGUAACGGCAGCACAAGGGGCAGCCUGUUGUCCUGGAGCUCUGCCCCUGGCCCUGCACGGCCCCGGUUGCCCGAGCCUGCCUUCUGCACCAACAGCCUGCCCAGGCAGGAGAAGGGAGGCUUGGAGUCCAGACCUUUGGCACGGGGCAUCCAAGGCCGCAGUAUCAGCAUGAAGGUGCCCACACCUUCCCGAGCCAAGCAGGGGGCCUUCAAGACCAUGCCCCUCCGCUGGUCUUUUGGCCCCAGGGAGAAACCUCUGGGCACAUCCAUCGAGCUGGUGGAGUACUUGGAGUCCAGACGGAGACCUCGGUCCACGAGCCAGUCCAUCGUGCAGCUGCUGACGGGUCCUGCCGGCGGUCACCAGAAGUCACAUGCCACCCUUUCUGUGGACGGUGAAGACAGUAGGCGAACCAGUGACACGGUGCUGGCCACAGCGCCCUGCCCCUCUGGCCAUCCUGGCCACUGCAUGGUCCCUGGCAACUCAGAUGGCUCGAAUGCAGCCAGGAAGCUCAAGGAAAACUCAAGUCAGGAUAUCAGGCUGCCCAAACAGUUUGACUUGCCCCUCACGGUGAUGUCCUCAACAGAAGACGAUGGGAGACGAGCCCGGCCUGAGGGCCAAAGGACCACAAGCUGUAAGGGAAGUGGCCUAACCAGGAGCAGUGGCCAAGCACCCUCCCCCAAGGAGGGUCCCAAUGCUGCAACGUUACCUAGAAAGAGUGCAGACGGUCGCCCAAACAGCUCGGGUAAGAUGAGGGCUAAUGGGGAGAGAAAGGACCCUGAGACAGACAGAUUCCCACAAGGGACCCUCACCCUUCUGAGGUCUGUGUUUUGGAAGAAGGAGAUCAGGAAGAGGGACAGGCCAGAGGCAGCCCCCCAGGCGGCCCCCGUCUCCCUGGUGAGCGGCAGGCAGAGCCCGGCUGUGGAUGGGGAGGCCCGAGGCUCAUCUCCAUCCCUCAGGAUUCGAGAGAGCCUGGCCAGGGGCCCGGCCGGCCACCUGGAAAGCGAGAGGGACGUCCGGUCAGCGCCCAGCUCUCUGCUCCUCCCUCGCAAGACUGGCAGGCCCCCGAGGGCCAGCGCCCUGGGCACAUCCCAGAGGAGUGUCUCCGGGGAGCAGACGUCUUUCGGUACCUUGCCAAAGGUGAAGUACCACACACUGUCCUUACGUCGGAAGAAAACCUUGCCUGAGUCCAGCUUCUGAUUUUGCAUCCUCGGGGGAGCUGCCAUUCUCUCGGCUCUGCACCGAGCACCUGUGGGCGAUCUGUGUUGAGACUGGGAUUGGAGGAAGCCAGUUGUCUUGUCUUGACCCCUGAAAAUAAAAACUUCUGGUCUCUGUGUCUGUAUUUCCAGCACCAAACGUCUGAAAAGACCUUCCUGAGUUAGCUGUUUGUAUGUUUCCAGACCACCAGAGGGCGCUGGUUGGUCAGUAUAACCAUUUCAGGGCAAGAACUGCUGUUUUAAGUAAUUCCAGGGCCUGCAUACUUGUAUUAAGGAAUGAUUCAUAAAAAUCUUCAGUACCAAAUCAAAUAUUGUCAUUGGCUUCUCCUAAACUUUUUUUUUUUAAAUAAUGGACUUAACAGGAAAAUCUUUUCCUCUUGAUGUUUCUCUGGGAUGAAGCAUUAAAGAUGCCAAAAAAGAAAGUGGUAGCGACACUAAAGCAGGAUUCUAGAAUGAAUGGGAGAGAAAUGACUGAGAUUUUAGCAGAGUAUUUAAUAUAUAACAAUUGUAUUAAAGUUUUUCAAGGUAUUUAAAAAAGAUAACUAUUUUGAUACUAGGGGGAAAAGGAAGUUCUUGUUUUUUAAAAAAAUUGUGAGAUCUAUGUACAAUUUUAAUAAAAGUUCAUCCAUGAAACAUGCAAAUAGCUCUCUGAAUUAUUCAAGACAAAUGCUCUUGUUUCUGC